AUGAGUUAUCAACAAGCCCAGGACAUGUAUCACGACAAUUCUUCGCGUUCCCCUGGCUCCCAACGCCAUCAGCAGCCUCUUCAUCGCCAGCCUUCGCGACAGUUUGACGCCUACGGUCCAAUGCCCGUGAAUUUGUACGACGAUCCUAUGGCUCGCUACGAUCGCAAUCUCGACCGGCUGAACCCGUCGCUACAUAACCCUUCCUAUGCUUAUGACCUCCCUGGAUCGCAGACAUGGAAUCCUAAUGGUUUUGCCAACGCUCAGUCUCUUGGGGGUAUACGUUCAGCUUCAGCGAGCCUGAAGACUGCCCCUCGCACUACUCGAGCGGGUCUGCCGACGACAUGGUUAGAUCAACAGCCAGGGAUUCCCAGCCCUUUCUCCAACCUCGGCUCAGCUCCACUCCAAGGCUCAAUGCGAGACGCAGGUCCCUCAGAGGCUGAUGACGAGCUGAUUCCCACCGCGAUCGUUAUCAAGAACAUCCCCUUUGCUGUGAAGAAGGAGCAGCUUGUUCAGCUGAUGACCGAGUUAAACCUCCCCCUGCCGUAUGCAUUCAACUACCAUUUCGACAAUGGUGUUUUCCGCGGACUUGCGUUUGCAAAUUUCACAUCGGCGGAGGAAACUGCGACCGUGAUCGAGGUUCUCAACCACUUUGAAUUGCAGGGCCGGAAGCUGAGGGUUGAGUAUAAGAAGAUGCUUCCUCUCCAGGAACGCGAACGCAUUGAACGCGAGAAGCGCGAGCGUCGCGGUCAGCUUGAAGAACAGCACCGUCCCAUGGCCGCGUCGCAGCUUCAGACCCAAAGUUCUAUGUCGUCCCUCACCUCACAUAUUCCGGCGACUUCCCCUUCUCCGGUCUCCCAGCGUGGCCAGAAGCUCGAAGUCGAUUUGAACGAUUCACAGACUCUAUCCUACUACUCGCAGCUUCUGCUGUUUAAGGAAGAUACCAGUCGCGACUCCAUUAUUUUCCCGCCGAACCUUACUCCUGUCCAGCGCCGCACUGUGCACACUCUUGCUCACAACAUGGGUCUCGGUCACGCGUCGCGUGGAACUGGGGAUCAACGUCAGGUGCAAGUCUUCAAGGUCGCACCAGGCACGAAUGUGAGCCCCCCUUUGUCUGCCAUUCCCGCCGCUGUUCAGCCCACGGAGACCGCUCGUCGCGGGCUCAACCGCGCAGCGACUAUUGAUUUCAGCGAGGCUCGCAAUGAGGGACCUACCCAUUUCAGCACCCUUCGGGGACAGCCAUCUUCCGGCUUCUUGGGAGUUUUGGACUCUUCCGCUGGUUUCGGAAAUACGCAGAACCUACGCGCGGCGAAAUCAUUCGCGGACUUGCGUUCUUACACUCCAUCUCCUGUCCCAUCCUCGGCAAGUUUCCCGGCUGCACUCCAAUCCAACGGCGCGCGCCUUCAGCAUUAUGACGGCUCGACAAGUGUUGCGUCCAAUACACCAACCUUGACACCUGCCCCAUCUGGUUCUUCCCUUGGUAUGCAACGGGACGAUGGUCUUCUGGUCAACAGCUUGAGCAGCCUUUCUCUGGGAACUGGCAUUGGGGGGCCCAACUCAAGCCCAAGGAGAUUGAGGGGUAUGUUCUCCUGGGAGCAGCCGGAGAGUCAGCCUUCUAGCGCUGGUCCCAUUGGUAGUAACCGCACCAUCGGAGUUGGAUUUGACGGUCAGUCACAGGAGCGCAUGCCUAUUAGGCAGCCGAGAGGCCCCAUUCCCGAGAAAGGGCCAGGUUUUCGACGAUCCAACGGACACCAGUCGCGUGGAAGUGACGAAUUGCGCACCAGCUCGGGCGUGGAGAUUAUUGUGGAGUAA